CACUGACCGGCCUCUUCCUCCCGGUCCCACAGGCUGGAGGAGGUGCCCUUGGAGGUGCUUCGGCAGCGGGAGUCCAAGUGGCUGGAUAUGCUCAACAACUGGGACAAGUGGAUGGCCAAGAAACACAAGAAGAUCCGGCUGCGGUGCCAGAAGGGGAUCCCUCCCUCGCUGCGGGGCCGUGCCUGGCAGUACCUCUCUGGGAGCAAGGUCAAACUGGAGCAGAACAUGGGCAAGUUUGAUGAACUGGACCUCCUCACAGGAGAUCCCAAGUGGCUGGAUGUGAUCGAGCGGGAUCUCCAUCGGCAGUUCCCCUUCCAUGAGAUGUUUGUCUCACGUGGAGGCCAUGGGCAGCAGGACCUGUUCCGGGUGCUGAAGGCGUACACGCUGUACCGCCCGGAGGAGGGGUACUGCCAGGCCCAGGCGCCCAUCGCCGCCGUCCUGCUCAUGCACAUGCCGGCCGAGCAAGCAUUCUGGUGCCUGGUGCAGAUCUGUGAGAAGUACCUCCCUGGCUACUACAGCGAGAAACUGGAAGCCAUCCAGCUGGAUGGACAGAUCCUCUUCUCACUGCUGCACAAGGUCUCACCUGUGGCCUACAAGCACCUGAGCAAGCAGAAGAUUGACCCCAUCCUGUACAUGACAGAGUGGUUCAUGUGCGCCUUCUCCCGCACGCUGCCCUGGAGCUCCGUGCUGCGCGUCUGGGACAUGUUCUUCUGUGAAGGAGUGAAGAUCAUCUUCCGGGUGGGCCUGGUGCUGCUCAAACACACCCUGGGCUCCUCGGACAAGCUCAAAUCCUGCCAGGGCCAGUAUGAGACCAUGGAGAGGCUGAGGGCCCUCAGCCCCAAAAUCAUGCAGGAGGCCUUCCUGGUGCAGGAGGUCAUCGAGCUGCCGGUGACGGAGCGUCAGAUCGAGCGGGAGCACCUGAUCCAGUUGAAGAAGUGGCGGGAGACGCACGGGGAGCUGCAGUGCAAGUCCCCCCCGCGCCUGCACGGCGCCAAGGCCAUCAGCGAGGCGGAGCCCGCCCCUCGCAAAGCGCUGGAGCCCGUCCCCCCCAUCAUCGUCUCCCCCGGGCCCGCCCCCGUGCCCAAGGCCCGCAAGAGCAAGGAGAAGAGCCGGGAAAAGGGCCCGGCCAGUCCUGCCAACGGCCCCGGGGCCGAGGGCAACGGGGCGCCCGGCACGACCCGGGAGCUGCUGCACCCCCAGGUCUCCCCCCACCACCAGUCCAAGGAGAGCCUGAGCUCCCGGGAGAGCGAGGACACGGAUGUGUCAUUUGGUGACGUCCCCACCGCUGGUGCCCCGGCGUGUGCCGAGCAUCACCCUCACCACCGGUCCUGCCGGGGGUACCGGCCCAGCGGGCUGAGCCGGAGGGUCCGGAUCCGGCCCGGCUUCCCACGCCCAAACCUUCCUGCCGAGGCCGCAGGAACCGGGGGCAGCGGAUCCUUGGCCGUGACCCAAGGAACGAGGGUCGGUGCUGCGGCCACUCAGGACCAGGUCGCAGGCUCACCUCCUUUUGCUGCGGGACGGGACCGCGUCCGGGCUCUCCCGGAGCCAGAGCUGUUCCCCAUGUAUUGUUUUAUUUCGGGGCCUUCGGACAAAUAUUCCUCAAUCCCGAGGGGAGGGCGGGAAGUGCUGAACAAUGGUGCUGCGAGCCCGCGGCCCCGCAGUGCCCUGUGA